UCCAUUCAAAUCUCCCACAUCAAACCCGAUUGUACUGUGCGUUGAGAAUCCAAGGACCUUAUCAUGGACUAUAGGCGCAUGCCGAUUGAACUUGAAGCCCCUGAAGAGAUGGGCAAAACUAUCCGUUAUAACCUAUGCGAAGCCGGUGCACGUGUCAACUGCCUAGCCGAUUUGGGGAUCUCUGUUCCAAGCGACUUGUCCCUGAGUUAUGUUCCUCAUCGGGGAAGUCCCCGUUUACGCUCUCUCAUUGCGCAGUCGUGGGGAGUGGAUACGGAUGACGUCUUACUCACUGCAGCGGCGACAUCUGCACUGUUUAUUGUUGUUACAUCGAUCCUUACCAAGGAUGACCAUAUGGUGAUGACUCGUCCAUACUAUCCAUCAAAUCUUGGAACCGCCGAGGCAAUUGGCUGCGACGUUUCUUUCGUCCAUCUGGAUUUUGACAGAGGUUUCCAGCUUCAGCUUUCCGAACUUGCUGCUGCCAUCAGGCCCAAUACGAAGUUGAUCAGUCUUACCAAUCCCAACAACCCAACGGGGACCAGUAUGUCAGAGCAGGAGCUACGCUCGGUGGUGGAGCUGGCGAAGGACCGGGGCUGCUACAUCUUAGUCGACGAGACCUAUGCGGAGCUUAUGGGGGACAGUCGCCUUCCCAGUGCUGCAACACUAGGUGACCAUGUUAUCGGAGUCUCUUCUAUGUCAAAGGGGUACAGCGUUCCUGGGAUCCGAGUGGGCUGGGUUAUGACGAAAGCUCCAGAGCUCCAGGAGAAAUUCCUGGCUGCGAAAGAAGAGAUGUGCAUCACCAUUGGCGCAGUGGAUGAAUUCAUUGCGGAGAAAAUCCUUGAGCGGCGCGAGCAGCUACUGGCACGCACUCUUUCAGGGGCGGACAAACGGCGGGAUCUUGUGGAUGACUGGGUUAAGUCGGACGAGAUGGUCGAGUGGGUUCGACCCAAUGCGGGGUUGUCAGGCUUUAUACGGCUGAAAAGGGAACCGUGUGGAGGCAUGGCAGCGUUCUACGAUAGGCUGCUCAAAGAACAUGGUGCCUACGUCGCACCUGCGCAUUGGUUUGGGGAGCCGGGCCCCUUUUUUAGAAUUGGGUUUGGCUGGCCAACCACUGUUGAGCUCCAAAAUGGUUUAGCAGCAGUAUCCAAGGCACUCCGUGGUUAG